UCCUAUAGUUGUUCUCUCCACCCACAUGUUCCAACCUUCCCGUGUCGACCCCCAAUGUUUUUCUCCACAUACGCUCAGCAACACGUCCAGCACACCCAGCCGAACCUAGCGUUUCUGCACUUCAUGUUGCCAUGGAGCUUGAUGAUCCAGGCAAGGAGGAGACGGAGGAGGAUGGCCCAGGCCGGCUGGCGGAGCGUCUUCGAUGGCUCUACCUCUUCGCUUUCUGGUCACAGUUCAAGCCCUCCGAGCCAUUUCUCGUCGACUACCUCAUUGAGGAGAAAGGCAUCGGGAGCGAAGAGGUCUAUCAGGAUGUCCUGGAUCUCUUCGUCUACUCACGGCUGCCCUUCCUAAUUCUCGUCGGCUUUUGCGCGGAGAUGGAAAGCUGUGGCUAUCGUGCCAUCUUGGUGCUGGGCGCCGCCUCUGGAGUUCUCACCGUCCUGUUGACCCGCUUCGGCGUUCAGAUGUGCUUGCAACAGGCGGCACAGUUCACCGUCUCAGCCGCCUUCGCCUCCCGCGUGGCAGUGCCCUCCUUGGCCUUCACCUUGUGUUUGCCCUCGCAAUUCCAGGAAGCCAUUCAUACUGUCAAAGCGGUGAUGCUCUUCUCCAACUGCUGCGCCAGCGCGCUGGGCGAACUGUUGCGGGACGGGGACUGGGUGCCGCUGAAGGUCUUGUUCGACUUGUCCGCCCUGGGCCAGGUCCUUUCGCUGAUGUGUGCAGCCUGUCUCCCGGUGCCACGGGCCUCUGUCGCCACGCCAACCGCUUCUGCGAUCUCCAAUACUUUGGAAGAACACCUGCUGCCACGGAGCCCGACUGCAGCUCGAUGCUCUCCCAAAAGCGCGUGCGAGGUCUUCAAGGCGUUAGUCCAAGAUGUUUGGCUCUCCCUCUGGCUGCGGCGGGUCAUGUGGUGGACCGCCUGGGCCUUAGCCAUGAAUCCCAUCCAUGGCCUCACGCUCACGUGCGCGGAUAAGCGACGGCGGAUAACGGCGGAAGAAGCUCGUGAUUUUUCGAAGCGCUCACAAUGGGGCCAGGUGGAAGGUUGACGAAGCGUUGAGUCAAAAGUGAAAAGGACAUCUUUUGCCACAGGAGAGGAUUGAGUCGUAUCUGCGUUAGCUUUGGGUAGGGCAAAGAAGAAGGGGCGAAGAAGAAGGGUUUUGGAACAACAUCGGGAUGCAGAUGGGGAGCUGGGCAGGAAGUUUCUCAGACCUAUGGAUGGCAACGAGCGGAUUUCUUGCGAGUUCUAGAUGUGAGUUCUGGAUUCUUGCCCAGGCAGGAGUAGGGGCAGCAUCAGGUUCUUCCCGAUGUCUCCGCUCUGCCGAGCUGGUGGUCUUCAGCCAAAAAAGGCAACUGCGCCCCUAAGGGGUCGUGCGGUUUUUUAAGUUUUUGGACCGUGUCGUUUCUUGCAAGUGUUAAUUCCCACGUUUGUGACCUAAAGUUUCAGAAGGACUCCUUUUUACGUUCCCAAGCGAAUCGAAGCGAAGUACAAGUAUGUUUGCAAGUACAAGUGACGUCAGGAGAACCCCACCCCACCGCACCCCACCGCAUCUAUGACGUAGCAUCCAUUAUGUUCGCAAGUAUGAGUGACGUCAAAGCCACGAAAGCUGAACAUAUGCGUCAACGCGCCCCUUACAGGUGCGGUGACCGAACACCCACCACGGGAAGGAGUUGGAGAUCAUUGGACCUGAUUCAUUGAAUCUUUGGCCCAGUUCGGAGCCCGAAAAAAGGAGCCGACGUAAAGAAGAGGACGCAUCCGAAGCGUUCCGAACAACACAGAACCAAACCGGUCUCGAUGUGAGACUUGUGGCGAGCCGAUCCUCAAAGAGGUCAAGAUGGAUUUGCUGAAGCCCAGAUGAAUCUUCAGUGUGCCAAAAGGACAAGGUCAGAUGAAUCAUAUGAAUGAAUCUGCGGAAAAGGGAUGGAUCAUAACUCCAAGCUGAGAGGUUGG